CCUGCAAGUUUGUUUUUGUCUUCUCUUGAUUCCAGAUUGUAUAUGUUUCUUGAUUCUUGUUCCAUCUCUUCUUGAUUUCUGCGUUCCCUUUUGCGUGUAUGCGAGUAUUGCAGCUCGAUUUUUUGAAACUAAUAUCACACAACAUAGUCUCUACAGUUUUUCCUUGAUUCCUCCUCAGUUACGAUACUACACCGUCACGAGUGAAGAGGAGUGUUGAAGUGUUGAUAUAUCUAGUUAGUCUCUCUCUCCCUUGCCGUUGUUUGAAAUCUCCCUUCGGCUUCACUUGGAACUCUCCGCCUUGUAGAGAUGUUUGGAGUUCGAUGUUCGUUGGGGAUUGUCUCUAAUGCUCUUCGUCAUCGCUUCCAACGAAUCGAAUCGAUUCACAUAAGAGCAGGUAUGGAGAUUCCCAAUAACAAGCCGCUCAAAUAUGCGCUUCAGUACAUUAACGGAAUUGGCCGAUCGAGAGCAAACCAAGUUCUUUCUGAGCUUCACUUGGAGAACAAGCUUGCCAAGGAUUUGACUAAAAGAGAGCUGGUUGAUCUUGUGGACGAAAUUUCCAAGUACACGGUCGGACAUGAGUUGAGUAAUUGUGUUAAGAAGGACAUUUCUAGGUUGCAGGCCAUUAAGUGCUACAGAGGGAUUAGGCAUGAGCAAGGAUUACCAUGUAGAGGCCAACGAACAAAGACCAAUGCUAGGACUAUGAAGUCAAAGCAGAUCUUUGUUAUUGGAAAUAAGAAAGCCUUUCGUUGAGCAAAUGGUUCUGUAGUUCCUUCUCUCUUGUUGCAUUGUGGAGCUAAUUAUAAACAUAUUAGGAUUUCAUACAAGUUCCAUAAUUUCUUCUUACUCCCAAAUUGUUUGAAAUUUUGUUUAUUAUGCAGUGAAGAAUUCUUUAUAGGAUGGGGAUGAAUGGCUUCAGAAACGUUUCAGAUGUUCUUAAACUUAUUAAGACUGGUCAACGAUUUCAUGUC